AAAGCGAUCUUUGCAAUUGUACAUUUUGAUAAUUUUUGUAAGGUAUGUUUACGUACAAACCGUGUGUUACUUUUUAAGCAAUUUAUAAUUUAAGCUAUGAUAGCUAUCAAAUCAUUGUUAGAAACAAUGCUACACUUUAAAAUUCUUCAAAAACAAACUGCUGUUUAAAUAUGUUUCUCUCAAGAUGAAAUCAUGUUAAUACAUUUUUGCAGGAAGUUCAACAUAGAUGUAUGACGCAAAUGAUAAUACCAUGUGUGAUUCUUUAUUGAAAGAAAGCGAUCUUGCAAUUGUGUUCAUAAGUCAUCCUAUUUCUUCACGAGACAAAAUCAAGAUUGCAUGAUAAUUCGCACGAUGUCGAGGACAAGCCUUAAUUACCAUUUGUCAUUUUCCAAAACUAAUUUGCUUAAUGAUCAACGCUAAAUUAUAUCGAGAAACAUUUCGAAUAUAAUUCUUAAAACCUAUUUUUUGAAACGAUAUUGAUUAAAACAUUUUGAUAAAUUUUGUAAAGUAUGUUCAUACAUAUGUACAUACGAACGAACUGUUUAUUACUUUUGAAGCAAUUUAUAUAAGCUACGACAGCUACCAAAUCAUAGUUCGAAACAAUGCUAAAUUUUUAUAUUCCUUAAAGAUGGUUAUUAUACGAAUUCCUGUGAAACUUUAAUACCUAUAGAAUCGCCAACGUGUGUCUUUUCCAUUUUCAUGUAAAAAUCUGUCUAGCACUAAGAGAAAGAAAAUUCGGACUCAACUGUUAAUAUGAACUAAAUUUAUUUUUAUUAUUAAUUUAGGGAAUUAAGCGACUGUCAAAAUGUUGAAAUUAUAGCAGACUUCAUUAUUUGGCUGGUGCUCCUCUGUUACUGUUCGUUUCGAUAAGUGCUACACAUGCAGGAAGUCUUUAUCUACCUAACAUAGUCUAGUUAAUUUAACCAGGACGUUGUGGCCAAGUACAACCCGAUUCCAGGUUACAUUAAUCAAACUAUGGCAGCUGGGAAGCGAAUAAAAAAAUCCCUGCAAAUUUAGCCAGGAAUAUUAAGUUAUCCCGAAUAGGGUUAUUUCUACGUUAACCAUGCAGUAAAAUUUUAACCAGAGUGUUUUAGAGUGAAUGACUCGACUUGUUACAUCACGUAUGGCGUAUAUACCUCAUGGUAACUAACUUUUUAUCUUUUUAGAUGGGCAAAGUAUCGGCAGAAAUUAGUGGAAAACGUUUGUUUUCCGUGUAGGAAAAUUGUAUAUUUUGUACAAAACGAGAUCAAGUUUGCCUGAUGAUUCGGAUGAUGUUGAGGACACGAGGUCAACGUGAUAUAGACCACUCUCGAGUUGACUCGAGUCCAAUUCAUUGACUCGACUUGUUACAACACAGCACAUAUGACGUAAAUGAUAUAAGGUGUAGGUGUGCUGUGAUUCUUCAUUCAAAUUAAACAAAGCGUCCUUUGUGGCAGCGUUUACAUAUUAAUCAAAUCGCAUCAUUUUCGCAUGUGUAGAGAAUUUAUCACAUGCAUUUAGAUGGGUAUAUUAGGUAUCGACAGAAAUUUCCAAAAUGACUGGAAAACAUUUGUUUUCCAUGUAAAACGUGCGUCGUCCGAAAUGUUACGUUGUAUAAAAUGUAGGAAACGAAAUCAAGUAUGCGUGAUGAUUCGCAUAUUAUUGAGGGCAUGACGUAAGUCGGCAAAUGUUAUAGACAGUGUGCGCAUAUCGCUCUGUAAUUUUCCAUAAGGCGUUUUUAAUGAUCGACUCUAAAUAGAACUCGGAGUUGCGAUUUAUAAGUGGUCAAUCAUAUCAACAAAUAUUUGGAAUAUUAGUUUUAAAAGGCAUUUAUUUGAAACGAUAAUAACAUAAAGCAUUCUAAAUUUUUAAUAAUUUUUCUGAAGUAUGUUUAUGCCCAGGCGAACGUACCCGUUUGUUACUGACGUUCAUUGCCCUCCAGUUUAUCAGAUGACUCAAGACAUUAUUGUUGGGAAAAUGCCGUCUUUUUGAAGUCUCUAAAGGCAUGGUUAUUUUGAAUUGCUACAAAAUUUAGUUUAGGAUAAAGGAUAGUCUCCUUACAAAACCCUUGUAGAAUCGGACAUGUUUAUAACCUAUUCUAGACCUAUUUUUUCUCUAUUUAGCCCUAUUUUUUCCGUAUUUUUUAAAAAAUAUGACUAUUUUAUUACUAUUUAUCAAAUUUAAUAAAAUAGUAUAUGACUUUACACGGACUCUUUAGUAAACGGCGAGUUUUGUUGAUGAACUUUUGGUCAAAAUAUUGCCAUAUCUGCCAAUAAAUGGGAGUCUUAUCCAUAUUUUGGGUAGAUCAUCAGGUGCUGCGCGUUCUGUAAAGGCCGGCGCACACUACAGCUAUGUGCUUAGCAAAAUGUCAUUCGUGACUGUUGGCGUAAGGAGAUAGCUCUCGUGUGCGGGCGAUUUACGAACGACUUUUGUCAUUCGUGCCACUUACGCCAAAUAUCUAACAUGUUUGAUAAUUUCUGCCUCGCGUGCCAAAAUCUUUCUGUGUGCGGCGAACGAAAGCUAUCUGCUUACUGAUUGUCGUAACAGCGCAUGCGUAGUAUACGAAAGUAAACAUCCAAGAUGGCGGCGCAAAAUGAAUUGCUGGCCGAGGCAAUUUUAGAGGACAAACUUACUGGCUAUUUCUUUCACCGCACAUUCCCUUUUGUCCCUAUUUCUAAAAUCUGCAGAACACACAUCGUAUAAACAUUUAUAUUCAGGCCAAAGUUCGACAAGUUUGUCCUCUAAAAUUGCCUCGGCCAGCAAUUCAUUUUGCGCCGCCAUCUUGGAUGUUUACUUUCGUAUACUACGCAUGCGCUGUUACGACAAUCCGUAAGCAGAUAGCUUUCGUUCGCCGCACACGGAAAGAUUUUUGCACGCGAGGCAGAAAUUAUCAAACAUGUUAGAUAUUUGGCGUAAGUGGCACGAAUGACAAAAGUCGUUCGUAAAUCGCCCGCACACGAGAGCUAUCUCCUUACGCCAACAGUCACGAAUGACAUUUUGCUAAGCACAUAGCUCUAGUGUGCGCCGGCCUUUAAUAAGGUCAACGUGUGGGAUGUUAUUGCUUCCUUCCGGGUUUGGUGUAAAGGCAUUAAUUAGUUUCUUGGUCAGGUUGCGAGAAAACCGUUCCAGGAAAUAAAAUCUCGUAUAGUCUUGAGUUCUAACUUCAAUAGUUGAUCAUUGUUACAUAUCUUGUAUGCGCGGUUGAUAAGGGCUCUUAUCCAUGCUGUUUUGCGCGACCAAGGCGUGAAACUAGAAAGGUGCGUGUAUUGACCUGUGUGUGUAGACUUGCGAAAAUAGUUAUGUCCGAGGAGUUAAUCUUUCGGUCAAGAAAGUGUACGUUGUUGUCAGGGAAAUCUUCGAAUGUAAACUGGAUUUGAGGGUGGAAUGAGUUGAAGGCUUGUAGAAUGAUUGGAAUGUCAGACGGUUUUGCGAGAACUAGCGUAUCAUCAACAUAGCGGGCGUAAAAUAUUUUGACCAAAAAGUAUAUGACUAUUUACACUCUAUUUAAAAGUCUUAAAAUAUAGGUUAUUUAUAUUUUUCAAAAAAAUAGCUUUGAAAUAGGUAUUCAAAUCCUAUUUGAAAGAGUAAUUGACAGAAUAUCACUAUAAAAUAGCUUUUAAAUAGAUAUUUAAUUCCUAUUGAUGACAAACGAGUCAGUUAAAAUAGUUUUAAAUAGCUCUUUUUAAACUAUGUUUGCUUCUCUUCUUUGGAGCCAUUCUUAAAAUAGUUAUUAAAUAACAAAAUAAAUAGAUCUUAAAUAGCUAUUAAUUCCUAUUCAUAGAAAGUUGUGGCGAACUUUGGUCAAAAUAGGUAUAAAAUAGCUAUUUUUAAACUAUGUUUGCUUUUAUUUUUAGAACCAUUCUUAAAAUAGUUUAUAAAUAGCAAAAUAAAUAGACCUUAAAUCGCUAUUUAAUUCCUAUUCAAAGAAAGUUGUGGCGAACUUUGUUCAAAAUAGCUGUUAAAUAGCUAUUUUUAAAUUAUGUUUGCUUUUAUUUUUAGAGCUAUUGUUAAAAUAGCUAAUAAAUGGCAAAAUAAUUAGAUCUUAAAUAGCUAUUUAUUUCCUAUUCAUACUAAAAAGUUGUGAGAAUUGAGAAAGGGUAAGUGUAUUUAUUUAACUGGUCCAAAUUUCCCAGUUUGAGUUAAUUUUAAAUUUUUCAUGAGUUCAUUGGAAUUAUAUUUACAAAAAUAUUUAUGGUCUUUGUGGAGGUAGAUUUUUUGUCACUUGACAAAACACCAUUUUCUGACAAAUUAAAACACUGCCGAAAAUUCUCAUGAUGAACAGGAUAUACAGGAAAUACAAGAAGCUACUAAACACGAUAAAACUUUACAACUGCUUACUGAAAUUAUUCGCAAGCAAGCAUGGGGCUCCAUAAAAGACUUGCCAACAACUGGAGAAGACGUAAGUGAAUUGAAUCUGUUUGCAAAGGUAAGAGAUGAACUAACAAUUAAUGAACAGUUGGGUAUUAUUCUGAGAGGAACUCGUAUUAUUAUGCCUUGUUCACUUCGCGAAAGAGCUAUACGACUUGCGCAUGAAGGCCAUCAAGGGUUGGCAAAAACAAAACAACUGAUUCGGAAAAAAAUUUGGUUCCCUAGAAUAGAUAAAGAUGUUGAAACAUUGAUUCGUGGUUGCAUACCUUGUCAGGCCAAUGGCACAGCAAAUCACCCUGCCCCAUUAAAGAUGACCGAGUUACCCCCUAAGCCAUGGCACACGGUCCAUGUUGAUUUUUGUGGACCAUUUCCAACAGGGGAAUAUACUUUAGUUGUCAUCGACGCUUACUCCCGCUUCCCAGAGGUUGAAAUUGUGAAGUCUACAUCAGCCACCUCAACCAUAUCUAAGCUCGAAAGAAUAUUUGCAACCCAUGGACUGCCAAACAUACUAAAAAGUGAUAAUGGCCCUCCCUUUCAAAGUAAUGAAUUUAAACAGUUCAUGACAGAAAAUGGUAUAAAACAUCAAAGAAUCACACCAUUAUGGCCAAAAGCCAACUCUGAAGCAGAGAAUUUUAUGAAACCAAUGGAGAAAGCUAUUCGUGCAGCUCACAUUGAGAAAAAAAAUUGGCGGAAAGAAUUGUACCACUUUUUAUUGAACUAUCGAGCUACCCCACACACAACAACAAAGUUCGCGCCAGCUGAACUUUUAUUCAAUCGAGAAAUUAACACCAAAUUACCAAGUAAAAUUAUCAACCAAAACACCAAGAUUGAUCAACAAGUUCGAGCAAACGAUGAAAAGGGUAAAAGAAACAUGAAAAGAAAUGCAGACAAGUCAGCCAAUGCCAAAGAGGUUGACAUUAAGGUUGGUGAUACAGUAUUGGUCCGUCAGACAAAAAAGAAUAAAUGGUCAACACGGUUUGAUCCUAAACCCUAUUGUGUAACGCGGGUGAAAGGAACAAUGAUAACAGCUACUCGUCCAGGACAUUAUAUCACAAGAAACAUUUCAUUUUUCAAGAAAGUGCUACAACAAGAGAUUCAACACAACUCUGAGGAUGCAAGCGAUGAGGAAGAUUACAGUAAACUUGAUAAUAACCUCCCUGACACAAACUUUGAGGAGAACAAUGAACUUGCUGAGAGACGGUAUCCUGCGAGAGACACAAGACCUAUCAAUAGAUAUGGUCAAAACAUAUAUAAUGCUUAGUAAUUUUAAUAAUUCGAUUUUAUAAUACCAUUGACAUUUUGUUAGGACUUCAGUGACAAUUCAAA